ACACGCGUUCUUUUCUCUUUCCUCUUUAUAUUUACAAAUGGCCAGUGAAUCUCUAUUAGAUGGCGAAAGAGCACCUACGAUUCAUAUCAAGACAGAUCCAACCAUCACUUCUUAUCGAACACGUAUCAUUUACUGGUUAAAGAAACACACGGUCUUUUCAUUCACCUUGAUCGUUGCUUCUAUCCUCACCUUUUCUCUCUAUCUUUCCUCUCGACCUUCCCAGAAAUUUGAUCCUGCCUAUUUUAAUCCCUCUCUAUUCCACCCAGCCCAUCAAGAUAAACUAAGAGCUGCUCCCUCUGUCGAUUACCUCUACCCUGAUAACUUUUUAUCCUGGGAUCACAUCUCCAAUACAUCCACCAAGGUCAAGGCUGCCUUUGUGGUCAUUGCACGUGAAGAAGAACUCUACAAGCUUCAUACAACCAUUAUGGAUAUCCAAAGACAUUUUAACCAUGAUUACCCUUGGAUCAUUAUUGGACAUAAAGUCUUUUCUACUCAUUUCAGAAACUGGAUUACUCGUAUCGCCACAUCACCCGUCUCAUUUGGGCUGGCUCCCACAAUUGAGUGGCAGGAGCCAUAUUGGAUUAACAUCAGAAGAGCAGAGCAAGGGGUGAAACAAAUGACCAAGCUGGGUUUACCUAAAGGUGAAAGUAUGCAUUGGCGAAGAAUGACAAGAUACAAUGCUGGUUUUGUUGCGUUUCACCCAUUGUUGAAAGAUUUGGAGUUCUAUUGGAAAGUACAACCAGGAGCUCGUUAUCACUGUGAUAUACCCAAUGAUCCAUUCCAACGAAUGAAGGAUGAAAAAAAGAAGCUAUCAUUUGCACUAACAAAGACAGAAAACCAUGAAUACAUUCAAAGUUUUGAGCCCGUUGUCAAGGCCUUUAUUCGUAGAAACAAACGUCUUAUCCAACCCGUUCAAAACAGCGUGUAUAAUGCUCUCCUGGACGGAGAAGAGUUUGAGCCGAACGAAUUAGGUGAUUAUGGUGGACAUUACAGUAAUUGCAUGAUUUAUAACAAUUUCAUGAUUAUUUCCUUGGAUUUUCUCCGAUCCAAGGAAUACAAUAUGUUUUUCGAUGCGUUGGACUCAUCUGGUGGGUUCUUUUAUGAAAAAUGGGGCGAUGCAUUUCCUCAAACCAUGGCUGCUGCUCUCUUUUUGACACGUCAACAGAUUAGCUUUGAUGAUAUUGCUGGUUAUCAUUAUGAUGAAGGUGCAGUCUGUCCAAUAGACAUUGAUCAAUAUGUACAAUUAAAAUGCACGUGUGAUCCAUUCAGUGUAGCAGGUAUUUAUGGCAUAAUAAUAGAGCAGUUUGUAUCGAGUAUUAAAAAAAUGUUUUAUUCAUGA